UAUUUACUAAAUAGUAUUGAAAACGAGCGGUUCGGUUUUUAACGGUAAAUAGGCGGUCCAAUUACAUAAGUUUAAAUAAAACCGUUUUCAUAUAUACAUACACAUAUACCUUUUUAAACGUUCGUUGCAUGUAUAAAACUCUGUUUGCGAAAAGUUCUUAAAUAAAAAAAAUAUUAAUUAUUUUUUUUAAUUUGAAAUAGACAAUUAAAAAUAUAUUAAAAAUAAUUUUCUUUAUUUCUUUUUUUUCAUUUUCCUGAUUCAAAAUUAAAAUAAUAUAUGCACAUAUUUUUGGUGCUGUGAAAAAUAUCUUAAAAUUCAAUUCUUAAGAAAAAAAAUAAGUUCUUUAAAAAUAACCAAAUAUUAAAGUUAAAAAUAAAAUUUUGCAUAUAUACAUACCAACGUACAUAAUAUAAGUACGUGCAUAUGUGCACACCUUUGUGAAUAUUUGUCAAUUCCCGGGAUAUUUUUAUUUUAUUAUGAAAUAUAAAUAAAUAAAUAAAAAAAACACAAAAAGGAUUAAAAUUUAAAAUAAAAAAAGCAUACCAAAAAAUGAGUCAUGUAAACGGAUCUUCGAAAUCUAUAAAUAUGCGAAUGAUGUCGUCAGAUCGCCCAAUGCCAAAUUGGGUUAACGAAACACAUGAUCGUGUAGGACCCAAACCACCAGCUGCACCACCAGGUCAAUUUCAAAAACAAUUGCCACCACCACCUUUACCGAAAAAAUCGAAUCAUAUUGAACCAGAUUAUGAAGUCAUCGAGUUUUCGAGUCAGCAGUACUCCAAUGCAGCUCCAAUUCGAUCAAAUACACCUGAUGUAAAAAGAGCCGACGGCCUUAAAUGUCAACUUUGUGGUUCACCUAACCCCUGGGUCAGUUGUGAUCAAUGUGGUAAUCAAAUAUUUUGUGCAUCAUGUGACGAUAUGUUUCACAAGCAUCCAAAACGUCAGACACAUGUUCGAAAGGCUAUGGAAAAAUCGCAGUGUAUUAAACCACCUUUACCACCAAAAACGGAUCUUCAAUUUUCGGCUCCUGUGCCACCACCUCGCCGUAAUAAAAAAGCGUUUCCAUCACCUUUACCAAUGAGAAGAGAUCAGCUAGUUUUACAACCUCAACAAAAUGGGACUCUUAAAAGGACACAAGUAAAUCAUAGUAAUCGACCAUUACCAGAGACACCUACACAAGGAUCAUCGUCAAGAUCUAGUACACCAAACAGUAAAUCGGUAUUUGAUUCAAUUCAGAAACCUCCAUCAAUAACAUUAGAAAAAAUAAAGAACAAAGCUACUGCUACGCUGAGUAAAAUGGCACUGUUGCAACAGCGCUAUCGACAACAUCAAGAAUUGAAAGCUGAAGGAUCUAAAAUGAAUAGUACAAGUCAACUAAACGAUCAGAUGUCAGACUGGUCAAUUCCUUCUUCACCUAGCCGUUUAAGAUCUGGAAGUAUGUCUUCAGGAAUGAAUAUGCCAAAUCAAAGACCAUCUAUAGAUAGUUCAUUUAAUGGCUAUCCACAUCAACAUCGCCAAAUGGAUUCAAUACAACAAGUAAGGCCACCAAUGCGCGCAAGUGCUUCAGUAUUUAAUCUUAGUCAAAUAGAAAAUCAAAGACAAAUGCCAAUGAAACCUUGGAACAAUAUGGGACAAGCUCAAUCUAUGGCUCAAAUAAAUUGUGCUGGCUGUAACCAUCAAGGUUGGAGUCACUGUUGUGGCCGAGAUAACUGGAUGGAAGGCUCUCCUCAAAACUUACAUGGUUCUAAUAUGAGCUUAAAUAUGCCUCCAGGUUAUUAUCCUACUCAGCAACAUCCGAUGAUGGGGCCUCCACCAACUUGGUUUAAUAAUUGGAAUGGACCACCAAAUAUGUUUCCCUACCCGUAUCCAUUAAUGAAUGGUAUGAUGACACUACCACGUCCCCCAAGAUCAAGAGUUGGAUCCAGAGCUGGCUCACCAGCAUUGAGUAUCAAAUCCAGAAAAUCUAUGAUGUCUAGUCGCCAUAAACGAAGUAGUUACAUAGAACAUGAAUUAACAGAUGAUGAAGAUUCUGAAGAUGACAGAAGGUCUAUACGAUCUCAUAGAUCAGAAUUACCAGGCCAAAGAAGAAGAAAUCAUCGUAAAGGUUCUUUAACUUCACAAAGCUAUGACGACGAAGUUGAUGAAUACUCAAACAAGGCGAAUUCAAGAUCAAAAUCAAUAUCUACAGCAGGUAUUCCACGAGAUUCGAAUGAUAGGCAGAACAUUAAUCGUAAAAAUAUAGCACAAAACGAGUUAAGUUCAAUGAAAAAAUCUUCGGCAGCAUCAGUAAGGGGUCGUUCCGAACGAGAAUCUAACUCAUCUAAAGGAAAAGGGUUUUCUGAUUCACCUUUGACUCCGGACUCUGAAAACGAACCACCAACGAAAGCCCUUGUUCAAGCAAAAAUUCAAGAAAAACUUUCCAAACAAAAAGAACAGUCAAAUGCUAAAGAAAUAAUUAAAAAAGUUAUUCCCAUAUCCAAGCCCGCAGAAGCUACAGAAGAAUCAGAGGAAGGAGAUGAAGAAUCAGAAGAUGAAUCUGAAGAAGAUAACAAUAAUGACAAUAAUAAAAAGACAGUUGAUGAAAUACCAUCACUCGGCCCGCCCCCAUCAACACCCGAUCAUGAUUGGGAGUGUGAGUUCUGUACUUUUGUAAAUGAAGCAAAUUGUAAAAUUUGUGCGGUUUGUUGUAAAACUCCAAUUAGAUCACCUGUUAAACCAAUAAAUAAUAAUAAGAAAAGUUUAUCGCCCCCCAAAAAAAAUGAAAACCUUUCCACAGUAAAAUCUAAUGCUUUGUUGGCACAAAAAAAAAAUGAAAAAACUUUAACAAAAACAUCAAUAUCAACCAGCACACCAUCAUCUACAUCAAUAACUAUAACUAAUAAAAAAAUCGAUAAAAAAGACAUGGACAAUAUAUCGAAACAACUAAGUACAACGAAAAUUUCUCAAUCUCAAGAUGAUUCUGAACAAUUAAAUGGAGCUAAAAAGAAAGCUGGAACUGUUAUUAAUAAUAAUAUGUCACUUGACGAUAUUUGGGCUACUCUAGAAGAGGAUAUUAAAAAUGCUGCUGAAGCCACUAAACGUCACAAUGAAAGAAAUAUGUCAACGGACAAUGAAACAUCGACGAAUCAACAAAAAUGCAAAACCUCAACAGCCUGUGGACCAUCCCCACCAAGAGAAAUCAACAACAAAACAAAAGAUAGUACAUCAGUUUCAACAGGAACAUCACCACCCCCCCAAAGUAUUUCUACACAAACUUACGAUGUUUUACCACAACCUAAAUUAUAUAAAGAACAACAUAUUAUCGACGAACCACUGUUCAAAAGUGGCCGAUCAUAUUCCAUUGCAAGUCCUACACAACAUGUAAGAGAAAAUUCUAAUAGUCCAUCAUUAAUACUUAAUAAUCAAAAUGAAGUUCAGAGUUUACCACCAACUCCUCCUUUACGAAACAUGAGCCCAAUUGGAAUAAGGAAAUACAAUAAUGAACUAAAUUUGGUGGAACCAGACUCUUUGAUAGACUAUAAUGACAGAAACCAAUUACAAUACUAUCGAGAUAUAGGAGUAUCUAAAAUGGAUCCAUUUCGAAGCACUCACGACUUAAGGCGAGAUGAAACAUAUCUAUCUAGAAGACCUUCAAUUGGUGACAUGUUAAGCUAUCAAAAAAAUCAGUCUCAUAUGAAUGAACCCAUGCUAUCACAGUGGGAUGCAUAUGAUAUACGAAGACGCGAUACCAAACCAAGAGAUGCUGGAUCAGAAUUAGUAUUGCUAUUAAAAGAAGCCGAACAUUAUAAAUUUACAGCAGAAGAGCUACAAGCUGCUUUGAAACAUUGUGGCGACACGAAUCCAAUAUUAUGGUUACGUGAAAAUUGGUUAAAACUUAUUAAAACUGUGCAGACCUUGGCUACAAAAUAUGGGCAAGAACAAAAAGAUAAUAUAAUUGGUACCAUAUCAUCGAUUGAAUCAAGAGAAGCAUUAAGAAUACAUAGAGGUAAUGUUUGGCAUGCUGUUACCGAAUGUAUAGAGCAACGUCAAAAGAAAUAUCGUGAAAUAGCCAGUCGUUCAAACUAUUCCCGAGAAGAUAUAGUAACAGCACUAACUGCUCAUCAUGGUAAUGUUGAAUUAGCUUUAAUAGAUUUGGGAAAAAGUCAAAUAAAACCAUUUUUGAUGAGAAUAUGGGGCUCACCAAAUGGAGUGGAAAAUGAAAGUAGUAACUUAGAUUUUGGCGAAAAACCGAACAAAUUUGACAUUGAUCCAUCAAUUCAUGACUUUAUUAAUGCAAAUGCGGAAAGUUUGCAACUGCUAAAAAUGAAAGAAUUUCGACAGCAUUCACAUUCUCCACAACAACUAUACAAUCAACACCUAUCAAAACAUCCAUCAAAACGAGAUUUAGGUUCAAUAUCAAACUUAUCAAUUCAAAGCUUUGGAAACCGUACCGAAUUUUCAGAAGGUUUUGAAAGUCCAAAUGACACAACGUCUAAUAAUAAUCCAAAUUUAUUAAAAGACAUUGAAACUCUAAUAGCAAAUAUGGAACAAAACCAGGCAAAACAAAAUGAAAAUAUGUUUAAAAAUAUUGAAAACAUGUUAGGUGGCUUAUUAGAAUAUCAAAAUCAACAACAGCAAUCAGACAAACUUCAAAGAAACAAUGAUGAUAUUUUAGAUAAAAAUGAUCUAUUAAAUGAACACCAAUUUAUAGGAGAAGAAAAUAUUUUUCGUAAAAGUCCAAUUCUUAAACUUAAACUUCCUAAAAAUGUAAACUCUGAAAGUGAUUCUGUUGAAAUGGAUGUAAAAAAUUUUGUUUCACAACAUAUUCAAGAUAUUAUUCCAGAUUUAGUAGAGCAUGUUGAAAAGGAGUUGGAAAAUACUGAUAAUGUAGAAGACAUAGAAAGCAAUGAGGAUUUAUUAAAGAUAAUAAAUGCAAUGAAAGUUAGCACUGAAUUGAGUGGAGCAUCUUCUAAUGUGUAUGAAGAUUCAAUAACAGCACCUAUGUCAGAAAUAAAUAUUAAAGAAUUCGUGUCUAAUCAUAUAAAAGAAAUUGUUCCAGAGCUUGUAGAACAAGUCCGAAAAGAAUUACAAUAUGAUGCAUUAAAUCGCGAUGACAUUGAUUCAAAACUUCAAAUAAAAGAGAAUUCAGAUGAUGAAAUUUAUAUAGUGCCUAACGACAAUAAAAUUCAUGAGUUGCAACCAGAACAUCCCGAACCAACAGAAACAAAGACAAAUAUAAAGACGACUCCAAAUGAAUUGCAACUUGAAGUAACGAAUGAUGAUAUCACUGACACAGAAAGCAAACUUAAAACUUCUGACCAAUCAAAAGAAAUAAUUCAUUUUGUACUAAAAGAUGACAUAUCUAGUAACACAAAUACGGAAACCUUAGAAAAAGAACCAAAUCCCACAACAUCUAGCACAAUAACAGCAAAAGAACCUUGCAAAAAACCUACGCAAACUAGCACUUCUUCGAUAAGCAAUAGGGAUAUAGAUCAACAAGAUAAAGAGAUUAAAAAUACAAUUAUGACUGAUAUACAAACUUUUAUAGAAAGUUCUGGAAGUGAAGAGGAAUACGAAAACUCAAUGAUUAGUUCCGUAAUCGAAAAUAAGCAUAUUAACCGAACUGAAAACAUUUUAGAUGUACCAAGCUCUAUGACAAAUGAAGUUCUACGCACAGAAAAAGAAAAUUUAAAAAACUUAUACCCAACAGUAUUCGUUUCUGAUAGGUCCGAAAUUAUAGAACCAACAAUACUGUAUAACACAUCCCAAGAAGCUAUUGAUCAAAAUCUUAUCACAAAACAAAUUACAGUUGACAACACUAAAACAGAAGUGGUUGAAAACACUUUACCCCGUUUAAAAGUUUUGUGUCAGAUCAAUGAAAAUAAAUCUGAUGAAACUGAAGACUCUCAAAGGGAAAGAGAAAAUAUUGAUGAAAAAGAAACUUUAAAAAGUACAAUCAUCAUCACAGAAGAAAGGAAUUCAGAACUGAAUGAAAUUAUUACUGAAAAAAUUAUGGUUCACAAUUCAAUAGAGAUAGAUUCAUCAAAAAAUGUAACUGCACAAAAUAUUAACAAUCAGACCCCUUAUGAUAAAAUGAGGGUUGAAAUCAAUUUUCAAGACUCAUCUCAGUCAAAUAUAAAUGACGAAAUAACAGAUAGAUCAGCAAUGCAACUUGAAAAUAAAUACAAUGACCUGAAACUGCUUACAGAAUUAAACACUGAAAUACAAAAUGAAAAUUCAAAUACAAAUCUGAAUAAAAGCUAUAACAAGACAAAGGCUAAAGCCAUUGCUCAAACAUUAAUUUUGGAAGAAGCCACUUUGAAACAAUUCGAGAAUCAAUCACAAAUCAGUCAAAAUAUAAUUGAAAAUAAUGUAGCAAUAAAUGAAGUAAACUUAGAUAUAUCAAAAGGGGAAAUCAAAGAUAAAUCCGAAAACCAGAACGAAAUAAAGAAAAUUUCAGCCGUAUGUUUAUCGUCUAGCACAUUAAAUGAAGGAAAUAAAUUAGUAAAUUUAGUCGAACAAAAAAUAGAAAAUGCUUCUGGAGAGGCAAGUAGUGAAAAAUCUCAACCUAAACAACCAAAAAAGGAAACAAAAGAUAAAUCUGAAACACAAAACCAAAUUACGGAUGUUUCAGACAUGAGUACAUCAACUAAAGGAAACCAAUUAGCAGAUUUUACCAAAAAAAAAGAGGAAUAUACCUCUGAAGGUGCAGAUCGUAAAAACUUUAAUGCAGAAGAACUAAAAGAGGAAGUCAGAGAUAUAUCUGAAAACCAAACCGAAAUUACGGAAACUUCAGCUAAAGACACAUCGCUUAGCACACCAAAUGAAGAACAUAACUCAGCCGAUUUAGGUAAACAAAAGUAUAAAAGAGAAAAUACUUCCAAAUUAAAGAAUCAGACCAAAAGUCAGCGCUUCGAGCAGCAAAAAUCAGGUAAAAGGAAAGGAAAAAAAAAUAAAAGAUCUCAAAAUAAAAUCCUCAAUUUCUCAGAUCUUUCACAAAAAGAUAUGGAUAUUACAUCCAAUUCAAUUGGCUGGAUAGAAGAAAAAAAAAAGACAAUAGAUGAUUUAACAUUAUUAAACAAUGAAGUAAGUUAUAACAUACCAGGUAAUAACCUAGAACAUAACAUCACUAAACCCGACAGCAUUAGCUUUGGUUCAUUACUAACAUCUUCAGAUAAUCCAACUGAGCAUCUUAGGACCGCUGAAACAUUAACAGUUAACUUUAACAUUAGCAAAAACAACGUUGAUUUAAACAAGGCUCAUCAACAACUACAAGCGGGAAGGGAUCACAAUCAUACUUCAUUCACCAUUCCCGAAGCUACUGAAACAUCUAACACCAGACAUAAAAAAACCAAACAAAUUCAUAAUGUUAAUCGAAAAUCAAAAAAACUAAACACUUUUCUAAAUAAAAAAGAAGAAAAUGAAAUUUCAGCUAAUUGGAAUCUAAUUUCUUCUAAGACAUACGUAGAAACAACGUCUAAGGAUGCAGAAAUCACUUUAGUAGAAGAUCAACAUGCAAAAACGAACGCAGUGAUUGGAAAAUUGUUAGUAGGAAGCUCGUUACAAACACAGAAAUUGAUUUUUGGUGAAAAUGAAAGGAAUGCUGAAAAAUCAUCUUUUCAUAUUAUUGAAAAUAACAGAAUUGAAGAUAUUAAUGAAAAAAACGAUAUUAUUUUGAGUGGUUCAUUAAACAUUAUGGUUGCUAGUGAGGUUUUGCCACCAUUGAAUGAAACAUUAAGUGAUAUAUCAAAGGUGGAAAUAUUAGAAAACCUAUCUAGUACAGAAAAUGCCGAACAUCCAGCAAUUAAUACCGAGCUCGUCCCCCCAUAUUAUGUUGUUGAAAUAAAAGAUAAUAUCGAAAGUUCAUCAAACAUGGAAAAAAUCGUUGAGUACUUAGACGAAGGAGCUGUGGGAGCUAUAGGCUCUCUAAGUAAUGAUAAAAAUUUAUCAAAUGUGGUAUCUAGAUCAAAUAAUUCCGAAGAAAUAAAAGAAUUCUCAACGAAUUCAUUUGAAAGUUAUAAUGAAAAUGCGUUAAGUGAAGAAAUCACAGAAGCACAAGAGGAAACACUUCAAAUUGAAAGUCAAGAUAUAUUAAAUAACCAAAUCCAAACCCAUAAUAAUAGUUCAACACACAACAACCCAACAAAAUCUUUGGAAGCUACAGCAAUUAUUAAAACAUUAGCAGGGGAAACUUCGAGACCUGAAAUUUCUCAAGGUGAUGAUAAGAAUUUAUUGGAUGUAAUAACUACGUCAGAGCGGAUGAAUGAUUCCGAAGAAAUAAAUCAAUAUCUGGAAAACUCAAAAGAAACUUAUAAUGAAAAUACGUUAAAUAAAGAAUUUAAAGAAAAGCAAAGGGAAGCAGUUCACACAGAAAGUUAUAAUAUAUUAAAUAAUCAAAUCCAAACGCAAAACAAUAGUUUAAUACACAGCAGCCCAACAGAAUCUUUGAAAGCUCCAGCAGUUAUUGAAAAAUUAGAGGAAGAAGAUCCAAAAACUAAAAUUUAUCAAAGUAAUAAUAAAAAUUUAUCAAAUAUAAUAACUACGCCAGAGCCAAUAAGCGAUUCCAAAGAAAUAAAUGAAUUUCAAGCAAAUUUAAAUGAAACUUAUGAUGAAAAUACCUUAAAUGAAGAAUAUAAAGAAACUCAGGAAGAAACGGUUCAAAUAGAAAAUAAUGAAGGAUUAAAAAGUCAAAUCCAGAAAUAUAACAAUAAUUUCACAAACAACGGACAAACAAAAUCUUUGGAAAGACCAACAACAAAAAUCACCAAAGAUAAUAUUUCAAGCGAAUAUGUUAAUUUUACAGGUAGAAAUGCUCCACAAAUGCUUGUGACUAAUUUUAAUGAAGAAAGUGAAGAAGUUUAUAGAGAUGUCGAAGAACCUACGGAUGAAGAAAAAUUUGACAAUGUAAUUGAUAAUCCAGUAAAAGAAUCAAAAAAUAACGUUACGAAUUCCAAAGAUUCUCAUGAAGAUACAUCAGAUGAAGAAUUAUUUAGUAUACAAUCAGAUGAAGAUGAUGAUAAUACCUAUAUUGGAAUACAUUCUAAAUCAGAACAAUAUUCGUUCCCAUUAGAAAAUAGUAUAAGUAUAACAUCUUUCGCCAGUACGGACGGAUUCAUUACCCCAACAAUGUCAAGCUCUGAAGUAAUACUAAUUUUAAAUAGUGAAAAUGGAAUUAAUCGCGAAAGUGCAGUUAUAUCAGUUGAAAAGAAUUCAAUUGAAGAAAACGAGGCCUUUGGUAUAGAAAUGCUCAGCCAAACCAAACUCAAACCAGAUGAAUCAUUACCGAAUGAAAACACCGUAGAAGAAGUCGAAAAUGAAAACGUCAUGCAAAGUUCAGACUCUGUCAAUAUCUUGAAACCUAAGGAAAAUUCAAAACAAAAUCUCUCAGAAUUAGUUGAAGAUACCCAAAGACUUAUAAAACAAAUGAAAGAAGAAAUUAAUUUCGACAUUGCGUCUUUUGAAGAAGAAAAUGACUACGAUUGGACUGAAAAUGAGGAUUAUUUUGAUGAAAAUUUUUCAGAUGAUGAAUAUGAUUUUGACGAAGAAGAAAUGGGUGAAGAAGAAUAUGAAGAAGAAGAUUAUGAUUCAGAAUCAGAAAGAUUUUCUGAAAUCGAUACUGCCGACGAAUUAGAUGAGGAUUUUGAACAUAAUAAAGGAAGUGAAUCUACCUUAAUACAAACAAAUACUGAUGAAAACGUAUUUGCAAAUGAAGAAAAUGCAAGUAAAAAGAUACAAUUGGACUUAUAUUCAAGCGAACAUAGCACAGAAAUUACCCCUUCGAAAUCAGCUUCAGAAAACUCAGAUUCUGAAACAUUAUCAGAUCAUUUUGCCGAAGAAACUGCUAAUAAAACAACCGAAAUUCUAAACUAUUCCAAUAUAAUGACAAUUGCAAUUGAACAAGUUACAUUUCAAGAAUCUGAAAAUUCACAAAAUGCGGAACAAAGCGUGCAAAAUGAAAAAGAGAGAAAUUCGGAAAUUUCGGAAAUGUUAAAUAACGAAGACAACAAUUCUUUCACAGAAGCUUUGCCGUUUACACAUGAAAUAGCAGUAUUAGAUUCGGAAGCUAAAGAGGAAAUUUCAAUAGAACAAAAUACAACAGAAAAAAUUGUAAGUACUCAAAGAGAACCACCAUUUUCUGAGGGUCUUAAAAUUUCUGAAAACUAUAUUGAGGAUGAAGAAGCCAAAUCGGAAAAUAUUUCCGAAAUAAAAAAUAUUUCAAAAGUGUAUCUGGACAAUUCUUCUUCUUUAUCGAAAGAAAUACAAAAUUUUGAAAUAACCGAAAAUGAAAGUACCACCGGCAAAUCCAGCUAUGUCAAUCCAUCUAUAGAAAUAGUUGAGUUAGAGGUUCUUCCGGUAGUGGACAAAAUUGUACCGGUUAUCAAAACUAAUUCAAAGAUUGGUAAAAAAGUUCCAGAGAAAUCAAACAGCACAAAAAGUACAAAAGCUAUUCAGGAUGUGACGGACAGAACAGAAGACAUUAAGGCCACAACUUCAAAUAAAACAACACAAUUGAAACCAGGCACAGGUGCUAUUAGUAAAAUUCCCAAGUUAGCAAACGAUAAGCAACGUUCUAAAUCACUUUCAAGUACACCAAUGAUAAGUUCAGUUAAAAAAAUUCAGCUUGAACUCUUAAAUAAACAGCAGGAAUCAUCCAAAACUAUAAAACCAUCAAAAAUAACGCCACCAAAAAUUAUAAGAAAAAAUUCAAUUUCAGAAACUAUUACAAAAUUAAUGGCACCAAAGCAGUCUCCUCUAGACAUUUUAAAGAAAAAUUCUGCUACCACUUCUGGAUUGUUAAAAACAGACUCCAAAAUUCCAAAAAAAAAAUACCAUGAAACAUGUUUCAGCGAUGAAAACCCAUCUUCAUCUUCAGAAGAUGAAAGCCACAUCAUGGAGGAGCGUCUAAGGCGGAAACAAAGUGAACCUGUAUUUAGAACAUAUCCUUCUUUACUUCAAGAGUCACAAACAGAACCCGUAGAAGUAAUAGCUAAGAAAUUUGUCGAAGAUGGCCUCUGCGAUAAUUAUAUGGAAGCGGAAUUGGCUGCCGCUUUAGUAGAGUUGAAAUUCCAACAAGAAUCCGCCUUGUGGGCUGCUAAAGAGUGUAGUGAUUUGGAACAAGCAAUUUCCUUAUUGCAACAAGAAUGUGAAUUAUGCACAGGUCUUUAUCCAAUGAAUCAAAUAGUUUCCAUGUUAAAAUGUACACACACAUGUUGCAAAGAUUGUGCAAAAAAUUAUUUUACAAUUCAAAUUACCGACAGAAGUAUCAACGAUUGUAAUUGCCCUUACUGUAAAGUUCCAGAACUUCAUGUUUCAGACGCAAAUGAAGAUGAAAUUCUAGAGUAUUUUUCCAAUUUAGAUAUUUUUUUGAAAACUAUUUUAGAUAAAGAAGUUCAUGAACUAUUCCAAAGAAAAUUACGGGAUAGAUCUUUAAUGCAAGAUCCUAACUUUAAAUGGUGCGUUCAGUGCUCUUCUGGAUUUUUCGCUAGACCAAAACAAAAACGUCUUAUAUGUCCAGAUUGUGGUUCUAUAACAUGUGCACAGUGUAGAAAACCAUGGGAAAAACAACAUGAAGGCUUAACAUGUGAUAAAUACCAAGAAUGGUUAGAUUCCAAUGAUCCGGACAAAAAUAUACAAGGUGUGUUAUUACAUUUGGCAACAAACGGUAUUGACUGUCCCAAAUGCAAAUUUAGAUUUUCUCUGGCAAGGGGGGGUUGUAUGCAUUUUACGUGUACUCAGUGCAAAUAUGAAUUUUGUUAUGGAUGUGGAAAGCCCUUUAUGAUGGGAGCUAAGUGUACUGUUUCAUCGUAUUGCGCACGUUUAGGUUUACACUCACAUCACCCAAGAAAUUGCCUUUUCUAUUUACGAGAUAAAGAGCCCCAACAACUUCAAAAUUUGUUAAGAAUGCAUCAAAUACCAUUUGAUGAAGAACCACAAAUUGAAAAGACUGACAAAAAAAUUAAACAAUCGCUCAAAUGCCCUGUCCCCUUGCAAAAAGAAACUCCUACCGGCUUGAUUGAUACAAUUUGUAACGGAGAUGUGCCUCAAAAAUACGCUGGUCUAUGUAGGCAGCACUAUGUAGAAUAUUUGGUGAGUGAAGUAUCAAAAGCUAACAUAGAUCCUCUUCCCAUCCUUGAUUUAACGGAUUGUGUUCAAGAAUUAAGAAGACGAGGAAUACCAUUACCAGAAAGAGGGCCUUGGGACACUGAUGAAAUAUAUCGUGGAAUGUGUUCAAAGAUUGUUGAAGCUCAAAUUCCUUUGAACUAAAAUAUUAUCGGAUACGUUGCACAAAAUAUCAAAUGAUUAAUUAUAAAAACGAAAAUAUAAAAAUAAAACUUUUUUAAUCCGAAAUUUAUCAAUAUACAUAUCGAAAAUAUUAGUGAAAUUAUGUCAAUUUUCAUGUUUUUACAUACAUAGGUGCAUACAAGUUUUUUUUUUGUUAAUUUUUUUUAUAUUUAUUUUAAUAAAUUUUUUAAUCUAUCGUUAUUUUGAA